GGUCACGCGGCGGCAGCCAGACCAGAAUCUGGAGGAGAAGCGAGUCCGGGAGAGAAGAAAGAGUCGGAGGGGAUAGCGCGGCCAUCAUUUAUCACAUUGAUCCCAGCGUUUCUUCCCGCGGCAACUGUUGGCGGAAGGGCUCUCUAGCAGAGCCGAACGUGAAGCCGUGAUCAAGAUGAUUGAAGUAGUUUGCAACGAUCGGCUGGGCAAGAAAGUUAGAGUGAAGUGCAACACUGAUGAUUGCAUCAGGGAUCUUAAGAAGCUUAUUGCUGCCCAGACUGGUACUCGCUGGGACAAGAUUGUUCUGAAGAAGUGGUAUACAAUUUUCAAGGACCAUGUGAUGCUGGCAGACUAUGAAAUCCAUGAUGGCAUGAACCUGGAAUUGUAUUAUCAAUAGUGUUUUCGUCAUGACAAGUGCUAUCUUUGCUCUGUUUCCUUGUUCUGAAUUUCUCAGUCUAUAGAUGGAUUACUUUGUGGCUUGACAUUAAGUCAGGAAUAUUUUGUCCUUGAUGGCAAUAAAUCAGGAAAUCUGUAUUCAAACCUUGUUUUAUGUAUUUGUAUUAAAUAAAUGUAAUUGACACA